GAGGAUGAUGCCAUGCUUUUUCAAUACAUUCCCUAGUUAACGCUAGUCCCUAGUUUUCAGUCCUUUGGUUUUUCAACAAUUUUUUAUUUGGAACUGCCUUUUUAAUGUAGGAUUUUAACUUUUGUCCACCAAUAAGCUGCUAAAAGGUUGUGUGUGUGUGUGUGUGCGCGCGUCAGUGGAAGCUGGUGGGAGGAGCUAUAGGAGGAUGGGCUCAUUGUAAUGACUGGAAUGGAAUCAUGGUUUCCAUGUUUGAUACCGCUCAAUUUAUUCCAUUCCAGUCAUUACAAUGAGCCUGUCCUAUAUCUCCUCCCACCAGCCUCCAAUGGUGUGCACGUGUGUGUUUGCUAUGUGUUUGUGUGUAUGCAUGACUGUGUGCGUGCCUAUAUGUCUCUGGUAAAGUGUUAAAGCCACUAGUCUGUUGUAAUAAUAGUAAACCUACAAUAAUCCUGCAGUAUACAGAGCCAGGGCUGAGGGCUGGGAGUGAGACUGCAGGUUAUGUACUCGGUACUGAAGGUGACCCUGCUCCUCUCCUCUGCUGAUCUCAUUACUGGCAGAAAUAGAAACCGCCUUACAAUCUAACCGCUCUGCUCUUUUUAUAUGCUUGUGGGAGGGAAAUAGAUGGUGAGGAAGAAGAGAGAAGCUCUGUUUGAGUGAGGUCAAGCUUGUGUUUGCUUCUUCUGAAAGAAUCAGACUCUCAGGUUAAGAUAUCAGGGUUCCAAUCCGGAUGGCUCUUUUUCUGCAACGACCGAUGACAGUGCGGUUUAGAAACUGAUGCAAGUCAACAGUUGAUUCUUGCCAAGCUGAUGUAGGUAAAGAUGAAGGCUACAGGACAAAUGGUCAACAAUUGAACUGCCAUUGUACACACUUAUUGGUCACCUUCUGUAGUACAACUCCAAAGAGUGAGACGGUGUGGUCCAUGAAGAGUGCGACGGUGUGGUCCAUGAAGAGUGCCACGGUGUGGUCCAUGAAGAGUGCCACGGUGUGGUCCAUGAAGAGUGCAACGGUGUGGUCCAUGAAGAGUGCGACGAUGUGGUCCAUGAAGAGUGAGACGGUGUGGUCCAUGAAGAGUGCGACGGUGUGGUCCAUGAAGAGUGAGACGGUGUGGUCCAUGAAGAGUGCCACGGUGUGGUCCAUGAAGAGUGAGACGGUGUGGUCCAUGAAGAGUGAGACGGUGUGGUCCAUGAAGAGUGAGACGGUGUGGUCCAUGAAGAGUGAGACGGUGUGGUCCAUGAAGAGUGAGACGGUGUGGUCCAUGAAGAGUGAGACAGUGUGGUCCAUGAAGAGUGCGACGGUGUGGUCCAUGAAGAGUGAGACGGUGUGGUCCAUGAAGAGUGCGACGGUGUGGUCCAUGAAGAGUGAGACGGUGUGGUCCAUGAAGAGUGCGACGGUGUGGUCCAUGAAGAGUGAGACGGUGUGGUCCAUGAAGAGUGAGACGGUGUGGUCCAUGAAGAGUGAGACGGUGUGGUUCAUGAAGAGUGAGACGGUGUGGUCCAUGAAGAGUGAGACGGUGUGGUCCAUGAACAGUGCGACGGUGUGGUCCAUGAAGAGUGCGACGGUGUGGUCCAUGAAGAGUGAGACGGUGUGGUCCAUGAAGAGUGAGACGGUGUUGUCCAUGAAGAGUGAGACGGUGUGGUCCAUGAAGAGUGAGACGGUGUGGUCCUUGAAGGUUCUCUCUCAGCAGCAUAUCAGAUGGUAUGAUGAUGAUAUAUGAAAAAACGCCAGGAGUUACAUCAGAUGAGGCUGAUGAUGACUCUGUUAUUCGUUGUCUGAACGAUGUAAUGGAUUGGUCCCCCCCAUAUCUUGAAUAUAAUCUGUCAAAUACAGUUAUGAAACUGACAUUGGGGGGAAAAUUGUAUACACUACACGAUUUUGUGAUGAUGAAUCUUGUUAAUUGGUCUGUCUCAUUAAAUAGAAAUAACAAUACAUAUUCAGAGUAAGUUAAAGAUAUAAUGGCAUUACAUACAUUUAGUGUAUGUGAUCGUCUCCUGUCUUAAGCCAUACUGGAGGUUAACCAUAUCCCGACCUCAAGUUGCUGAUUUCUGCAGUGUCAUCAGUGUAUGGUAUUAUAACUCUGAAUUCAUCUGUGUUAUUUCUCUUUGUGUAGAUGUUUAUUGUUUGCAUGAUUUUUGUAUUUCUUCAGCGAGUUAAACCAAUGCUUGAAAACCACAAUUCCACCAUCACAUAUGUUUGAACUAGUGUUGUGGUUCAAGGUUUCUUACAUCUGUACGUUUGGUAAGACCACAUACCUGUGUGAUUCAUUUAUGUUGUGCCAUCACUUACCUGGAAGUUCUCUUUACUGCCUCAUUUGAGGCAAAUUUAAGAACAGAACUGAUGUAUAGAUCCAGAACAUGGUAGAAACUAAUAAUGAGUAUUGUAACCUUUAGCAAGGCACUUGUAUUACCAUUCACUAUUCCUCUUGAAUAGAAAUAAGGCUAACUACCUUCCUUCAGUAAAAUCAGUUCCAGUAGACAGAUGUUAGACAGGCAGCAUAUGUUCCUGUUUCCCAGCUCAGUCGGUACCUAACAUGUAACAAACAUGGUUGCCUUUUCUCUUCUGUGAAGCUGUGUGUAUUAAGGAGCUGUAACCCGUAUCCUCCUGUAAAAGUGACGUUUUCUGUCAGUGUCGACAGUGUCCAAUGUUCCUGUCUUUUUGACCAACAUUUGCUUCCUUACCAGGUGUACUGUAUGCUUUUCCUGUGUACCAUGCACUGUUGAUUAAAACGGUUCAAAAUGUU